CAAAAAAAUAAAAAACACUUUUAGUUCUUGAGCCUCUAGGUGAAGUCAGAAGCGAAACACACUGGCUCUUGCCUAGUUCCUAGUCCCUCCAGUCGAUACUCCAUACUCCAUAAUCUCCAACCUCCAAGCUCUAUGGCUCUUGCCUCCCUCCUAAAUCCCAAGUGCUCAAUCAAACAGCUCUCUGUUUUCAUAAUACCCCGCAUAUCUUCCUCCCUAUUCUCCUCCCUCUGCAGAGGUAGAGAGCAUCAAUCCUUCUCGCCACCCCAACAAACCCCUCCAAUCCCAAAGAAAGUCCCAUUCACUGUCUCCGCUCAUGGAAGGACGUGGCAAGAUCCUUACCAUUGGAUGUCCAACACCAACGACCCUGAUCUCUCUCACUACCUCACCCAAGAGAACUCAUACGCUGAAGCUUUCAUGGCUGACACCCACCACCUCCAACGCACACUCUUUUCAGAGAUGAAAAGCCGAAUGCCCACUUCCAUUUCCACUCCUCCUGAGCGCUGGGGACCCUGGUUGUAUUACCAAUACAUUCCAGAGGGGAAGGAAUACCCUGUUCUGUGUAGGAGGUUAGAUACUGAGAAGAGUGGUUGUCUGAAUGCUUUCCUUCAUUAUGCAAGAGGAGGAUUUGGAGGGGAGGAACCUUUGCUAGACUGGAAUAAAAUUGCAGAACUUUAUGGUUAUGUGCAUGUGGGUACAUGUCGAAUUUCACCAGACCACAAUUUUCUUGCAUACACGCUUGAUAUUACUGGCAGUGAACGAUUCAUGCUUCAAAUUAAGGACCUUAGAAGUGGAUGCGUUGUUUCAAAUAUACAAGUUGAUGGGGUUGUUAGCUUGGCAUGGGCUCAAGAUGGCAAUACUCUGUUUUAUACAAUAGCAGAUGAUAAUCAACGACCUUACAGGGUUCUCUGUACAAAAUUAGGAAGUCCCGAUAUGGAUGAUGUCCCAGUGUUUACUGAAAGUGAUUCCAGCUUUUGUGUGGACAUAACAAGCACAAAAGAUGGCAAGUUCAUAACUGUGAAUUCAAAUUCAAGGACUUCAUCCGAGGUUUAUGUAAUUGAUGCUGCCAAUCCAUUAGGUGGCUUGCUCCAAAUUCAUGAGCGUGUUUGUGGCAUACAGUAUUUUUUGGAACAUCACUAUGGUUUCUUCUAUAUUCUUACAAAUGCUCCUUUGAGUGAGAAUAAUGAGUGUUCUGGUGGAAAUUAUUACCUGGCUAAAUGCUCAGUUGAAGAUAUACAGUCAGCUAAUUGGCAGAAUGUCAUCCUUCCUGGUGGAGAUAUGAGCUUACAAGAUAUGGACAUUUAUAAUGGACAUCUGGUGCUUUCUGUCAAUAAGAAGGGGUUUCCUAUGUUGUGUUCUGUCAAUUUGCCUAUCAACUUUAAUUAUAAGCAUCAAAUGGAGGUUGAUGAUCUUAAUCCUUGGUAUUUUCCUCUGCCUUCAAAUCUAUGUACUGUUGUUCCAGGUUCAAACCAUGACUUCAUGAGCUCAGUAUACCGAGUGGUGCUUUCAUCACCAGUGAUGCCUGAUGUGAUUGUUGACUACGACAUGUCGAGACAGAAAUACUCGAUUGUGCAGCAAGAGGAAGUGAAGGGUGUUUCUGGUAAUAGAACACGCUUACCAGCAUAUGAGGCAGAUACAUUUCGCUUGCAAAAUGAGAAAGAAAAUGUCCUGGAUUUUGAAUCAGAGAGAUGGAAGGACUUUUCGAGUGCGUAUUGUUGUAAAAGGAAGGAAGUUGUUUCCUAUGAUGGUGUCAGGAUUCCCUUGACCAUCUUGUAUGCCCAAAAAUCCUGGCAGAAAGGUCAGUCUCCUGGAGUUUUACAUGGCUAUGGGGCAUACGGUGAAGUUUUAGAAAAAAGCUGGUGUUCAAACCGCCUGAGUUUACUUGAUCGUGGUUGGGUGGUUGCGUUUGCUGAUGUGAGGGGUGGUGGUGGCGGUGAUUCUUUGUGGCAUAAGUCUGGCAGUGGGCUGUACAAACAGAAUUCUGUCUAUGACUUUGUAGCAUGUGCGGACUACCUGGUUAAUGAGGGCUAUGUUCAUAGAGAUCGAGUUGGUGCAAUUGGAUUUAGUGCUGGAUGUCUAGUUGUGGGGGCAGCUAUCAAUAUGUACCCAGAUCUAUUUCGUGCUGCCAUUUUGAAGGUUCCAUUUCUGGAUGUAUGCAACACAUUGUUGGAUCCUAGUUUGCCUCUUACCAUACUAGAUUAUGAAGAAUUUGGGAAUCCUCAGAUACACUCCCAAUUCGAGUCUAUUUUGAGUUAUUCUCCUUAUGAUAACGUUACUUGUGAUGCCUGUUAUCCAUCAAUGCUUGUUACAGCAUCUUUUAAUGACUCAAGGGUUGGAGUUUGGGAAGCUGCAAAAUGGGUGGCGAAAGUGCGAGAUAGUACAUGUUUUGAAUGUUCUCGUGCGGUCAUUCUGAAGGCAAAUAUGACUGGAGGACAUUUUGGUGAAGGUGGCCGCUAUGGUCAAUGUGAGGAAAUGGCUUAUGAUUAUGCUUUUCUGAUGAAAGUUUUAGGGAUGUGGAACAACAAAUAAAUAAAAUAAGCUUGCUGUGGAAAAGCUAUCUCAAAUCAACGGAAGAAAUUUUUUGAGUCCAAGUAAAGACCGACUUUUCUUGGCUCAAUAAUUGCUAGGAUCUACUCUUUCUCGUUUUGCAAAGGCUUCCUAUAAGCAUGCUGAACCACAGAGCCCGCAGGCAAAAUGAAAGACAAAGAAUGGGAAGUAGUCAAGUAGGCGAGAGAUCCACAUACUCUUUGUUUGCAAUAACAGAGUUCUAUGAAUUUAGGAACUUCUGGUUUGAGAGAUUCACAAGCUUCUCCUAAUAAAGAUAUAAUAGUCUUUUUAACCAACUGUGGCCAAUCAUUUCUUCUUUUAUGGUUCAGAUGGCUUCAAACUCACAAUUUCAAGGACAACAGAGAGAUUCCUAAGUGGUGGAUUUCUUAUUUCCAGUUUCUUCUCAUAAACAGAAUGGUGAUAAAUACUAAUCGUCAUGCUAAUACUCAGUUAAUUUAGUUACUAGGAUAUUGCUAGCCUGUAAGUGAUUCAAUUGUGGCGCUUUCUGGCCUGAGAUGUAUGUAAUGUUAUGUUCGGUUUGACAUCUUGACUAACACAUGUUUGAGCCCAUUCUCACUCUUUUCCCUGCCACACACAUUGUUUGGAUUUUGAGUUCUGUUAUUUUCCAUAUUUAUUACAAUAAAGUUGGUGUUGUUGGUGGCGGU